CAUUUGCUAGAAAGACAAAACCAGAGGAACACCUUAGAAAACUAUGCACUGAUCAACUGGAAGUGUUUUUACCAACAAGUUAUUGAUGAAGACGAUCAAGACUACCAGAGGUCCAGAAGGACCCGGAGCACAAGUGCAAGAGAUGAUCGUAGAAGAGCUAACACUCAAGAUGAGGACAGGGGGGGGGGGAGGCGAAGAGUUGAUAGAAGAUCUACUAGUCGAAGGGGUGGAUAAAGGCACUGAACGUUGGAAUACGUCAAAAGGAAGAGGUCAACACGAUUACAGGAACAAAGACCAAUCGGCAAACAACCAGCACAUGGAUUGUCCGGACCAUCUCAGUAACAUGGCAAAUGGCAUCAGCACAUGUCUGGGAAGCAAAUCCGGUAAUAACAGACCACAAAGUAGAGGAGGCUUUCGUGGAAGAGGACGCAACAGGGAGCACAACGAGGAAACAAUAGAAGCAAUUAUGAUCAUCCAGUGCCUCAAAAUCUAAAGCCACAGUGUCAGGACUAUGAGGAUUGAAGAACAGUUCAGAAAAAUUUUCAACGAAAUCAAAGGUACUCCAUAUGAAUGUCAUGUGAAGAGAACAGUUUACGCCAUCGACAACCA